AUGGCAUUCACAAAAUCCUCGAUGUUGUUCUUAUUCACUUUAUUUAUAUCAUCAUCCUUCAUUGAUGCGUUACCAUUGUUCAAACGUGAUCAAUGUCCAAUAGGAAUCUAUCAAGGCACCCUUCUUUAUAUUUAUCCUUCAGAACUGUUUAUACCACAAGGUAUCAUUGUACCAGUCGGUAAUAAAUAUAAAUUCUCACUAUAUGGUUUUGGUGUGCAAAUGUACAAAUGUAAUAGCGUCUCUCGUACCUGGGAUUUUGUUGGACCUGAAGCUAAUAUUUACAAUAAAAAGGUACUAAAGGAUCCUGAAGACGCCUCCGAUUAUUUGGUUGGCAAUCAUUUCUUUCAAAAAGAACCUGUUAACGGAGGUAGAGUUACUUGGGAAUCCACAAUCGAUUGUGAUGACUCAUCUUUAAUUUCGAACCUUUUAACCCAAAUCCCAUCUCCCGAUGGACCCAAAAACCUUCCGUGGCUUUUAUUGAUAGCUACGGCUCAUAAUGGAGAUGGCGUCUUUAGUGACGUCACCUUUACAAUUCGCAUAAAUACCAAACAAGGUAUAGCUCCCCCAGUGGAUGAAUGCGGUAACAAUUAUCAAGAUGGGGAUAUUUACCGAAGCGAAUAUUCAACCAGAUACUUAUUCUACAAUUUGGAUCAAUAA